AAAAAUGAAAAGGAAGAAAGGAAAGAAACAAAAAGGUACAAUAAGAUACUGUACUUUAUUUACAAUUAUAAUUUUUUAUUUAUAUUAAACAGCUGAUUACAUACAUGGGUAAUUUUCGGUACAGAAUACGUUUUCAUCACAGUUGUUGAUGUAAGAAGAUUUGAAAAUGAAACACGCGCUUACCACAGAGCUAGUGCUAGGUGUAUGAUUUUGUUUGUAAAAAACGUAAGAAAUCACGACAUUCUCAGCUGAUGCUGUUAGCUUAAGGUGCUUGAAAUGGCAUUAAGCUAGUAGCGAACAAAGAAUCUGUUAUGAAACGUGUGCUACAAUAGUCACUUCACAUUUAAUUGUCGUGCAAGCUAAAUUUGUCUAUUCAAGUUUCUAUACGGUGUUUUUAUUAAAAUCCAUGCCACACCUUAAUCAGCUGGACUGAAGUUUCAGCGUGUUAACAAUUCAUCUGGUAAUCAGCCCCUAUUUUGUCCUGUACAAUAUUAAGUUCAUGUAUAUAUAAGACAUGCAUGCGUGCAACCGUAAUUUAAUACUGUAACAAGCAUUCUGACUCUCACAAAUUUCAAUACACUAUUCAUGUUUUCCAGUAAAAAAAGAAAAACUUCAUCGAAAGAAGAAAGUGAAGGUAUAUAGAUAUAUAAAUGUAUCAUAUAUAUACACCUCUUAUUAAUGUGUCACAUGCAACGGUAUUUACAAUAUCGUGUAUUAUAGUGUUCCCCUUUAAUAUACUUAAUCAUGAAGCUGCAACAUUUCGUUUGUUUAGAGUCUAAAGGGAAAACAAAAACACAGCGGAAAAAGAGAAAGCGAGUUAAGAAUUUCUCUGAUACAAGCAGUGAGGAGGAAGGUAAUUAGCGCAUUCAAUUCGGCUGUCCUCUUUCAAUAGUGAAGUUCAGAUUUGACUUCCACUACCGCUACCAUUAAGGGACCACUAUAGCCAAUCAGAUGCGUUUGAUAUAUCCGAUCAACCAAUCAGAUGCGUACUAAGGCCGUUAGAAGUAAUGGCAAGUUAUUACUUCGGCUAUCUGUAGGGAAAAUAAUGGAGUUUCCGAAGGCAAAGCAAACACUUUCGUCAUAUAAUUGUUUCUCGUUUUACGUGGCAUGAUCUAGUGGCAAGUAAUACACAAGAACUGGACGAGGUUCAGCAAAAUAUCUGGAUUUGUCAGUGACGAGCAGAUCGAUUGUUAGCCCAUGCUGAAUGCAGAGACAAAUAAUUGAUCUGCGAGCCACUGAUUUUGCGACAAUUAAUUAUAUUAGUAUCAUUCAUUCCAUAAAGGAAAAGGAAAAGCGUAACAAGUAAAAAGUUAAUUAUAUACUUGUCGUUGUUUUUCAUUGCAUUUGUCCAUGUAAUAUUUUCGUUGCUCAGCUUCAACAGGUUUACUAUCACAACGGUGCAACCAUAUAUCAUUUCUCACUAGCGAAAUACAUUAACUCAAGCAAACACAUAUGUAGAAUGGGUUCAAGUCCGUCUCUCUUGAAAAUAGCGAUGCGCAUGCACGAGCGGUGAAAAAAGGCGCGAAAAUAUGAGAGAAAAGUAUAGGGAGAGUCGGACUUGGGACGUUUGCAAGCGCGCCAAAAUUUACCGUCGGAUGUUUCCUAUGGAGGCGUGACUUGCGAGUUGACAACAACAACAAAUUUUCGCGCCAAUUUUUGCAAGUAACAUUCGAAAUGCUGCAAAUGUCCCAAGUCCGUCUCUCCCUACUUUUCUCCUUGGACGAACUUGAACCAAAUCUAGCAAACACAAAAUCUUAUCAAAUUUGCAAAAGUUCGGAAAAAUAAGCAUGCUGUGGUGACAAACACCGCGGAAAAACGUCUGCGCAUGCGUCAGCCUUACCUGUAAUAGUAUUGUGAACUUGAUGAGAAGCUGUUCCGAACGUUUCCGAAGGCUCAAAAUGGCGGUAAAAAGGAAUGACUUCAUUGUGCGUCUUUACAGCCAGAUUUCGAGCGCAAAAAUAAACAUGUCAUUCUAAAAACUAGGAAUAAAUACAGCCAGAAGAUUCAAGAAAUUGUAUUGUACAAGAACAUGAACUAAAGGUGAUUGUUGACAAAUUUAUCGUGUAAAACAUUUUGUUUAUCAACUAAGCAACGACAAUUUCCGAAUUUUCGUUUGAGAUACAUUUCUUUAAAAAAAACUGUGUCGCCAAAUAUAAAAAAUUUUCGUGUUCACAAUAAUUAAACUUUAGGAUUUAUUCUACAAUUUGAGUGGGUUAAGAAGCUUAACUUUUCGAGAGUUUUCUUAACUUUUGAGUUUGAAUUUUUGUUUUGAAUAAUUUUGCAAAAAUUUUCGAAGUCGUGUCCGUUAAAAUCAACAAUUUUUUACAUGAAUUAUAUUUCAUUCCAUACUUUAAAUGCCAGGACGCUUUCAAUUAAUGUCUAGUCUACCCAUUUGCUAUAUUUUCUCGUUUAUUUUACUAAUUUUUGACCAAUUAAUAAGCAUGUUUUUGUUUUAGAAAUUGACUAUUCAAAUUCCCCGCCAUAUUUUCAUAAUUUGGUGCAUGCGCAGACGUUUUUCCGCGGUGUUGUGGUGACAUGUUUACAAAAGCAAAACUAAUGCGCAUGAGCAGAUCAUUUUUUGCAGCUGAGCAACGAUUUUGGCCAAUGCGCAUGGUCAGACAAAUUAGUUGCACCAUCUAUGUGCAGAUGACGUGUUAUUUGCUGUUGUUAUUUGCAGGAAAAUUAGCCAACAAAAUUGAGAAAAUAAUCGUGUGAAUGAUAAAUUCUAUUUAUGGCAAGCAAGUUAUACUACAGUAAUAUACACAGGCUAUCAUACACUCAACGUCAAGCUGAUUCAAUUUAUUACCCCGUUAAAUUUUUUAAAUGCAUAUAUAUUAUCGAUUAGGAAGCCCUUGUGACAAAGGUCAUGCAGGUAAACUCUCGUACAUUAUAUGCUAAAUAAAAACUUAUUUAUAUUUUCUAGAUAAUUCUGUAAACACGAAGCAGAGUAGCAGUGGUACUGAUACCACACCAAUACCUGAUCAACAAGCUCAGGAUAUUAAACCAGAAACACAGAAGAUUCGCGGCAGGAGAAAGCGAGUACUCAAGUCUAAAACGUAUUUAAAUGAUGAAGGUUAUAUGGGUAAGUUUUGCUGCACGUAUUAUAGAAGUUUUAUAGAAUGUUUCCAGUUGUAUAAAACACCUGUGCAGUUGAAGCACGGGGAGGGAUUGGUAUAUUCAGCAGGGAAAAACGGAGCUGUAUGCAUGAAAACAUUCAGAAAGACAGAGAUGGAGAAAGUAGUAAAAUGUAUAAACAUCGCAUGAAUUGAAAUCGGUAAAUUACUUACGCAAAUGAGGAAGUCUUUAAUAAGUAUACUUAUGAAAAAUGCAAUAUAACAACUAGUGACUCGCUAUGUUAGCAGAUGUUAUCACUCACAUUCACAGAUGAUUAAUUUACUAGUGUUUUGUAUAAAACGUACAAAGAUACGUAAGCAUUCAAUACAGUCUUUCGUAGUGACCUACUUUUGAUUUUUUUUACAUAUAUCAUUGUCUGUCAUGAAAAACAUGUUUAAUUUUGGAAUAAACCGUCAUGAGGUUUUCCGUUUCUCAAUAUCUUGUUAUGUUUCUGAAAUUGCCUUAAUUGUGAUGUCAUUUACUCAACAGAGAACAAAAUAGUAUGCAGUGGAAGUUACAUAUUAUGUACACUGUAUGUAUCAACUCCAGAGUCUUUCUCUGUCACACUGCAUGUAUAAAGAGAGGACUCUGGGUGCGUGUUGCGGCAGAGUGCGUUUGUGUACUCAGUUGGUAUAUCCUUUCGCGAAAUUUACUAGAUGCAUUAUGCUUAAUACUUGUGAAGAUCUUAAUCACUUGGUAAAUCGCUAGUUUAUCACAAUGCGGCUAUUUUCCAUAAUUUGAAAAGGUUUCAAAUAAGUGACGAACAAGAGAUUUAAAAGAUCAAUUUGUUUCAAAAUAUUUUAUGUUGAAAAUAGAUGUGUGAUAUUUCCAUCACAAUGGCACUUCACGUUUAUGUUUAUGUUUAUAUAGUUACAGAGAAAGUAUACGAGAGUGAGUCUGCUAGCAGUGAAGACGAACAAAAGAAACCGACCGCUAAAGUUGAACCAAACAAGCCAGCAUUAAAAGACUCAAUACAACAACCUCCCAAAAAGAAAUCAGCGAAUAAAGUAACUAAACAAGCGUCACUUACAAGUUUCUUUAAAAGAACGUAG